AUGAUGAUAACAAUAUUAUUCGUUCAUCUCGUAUUAUUUUCCAUCACAACAAUUCAUGGACAAGAAAUGCAAUGUGAAUUAAAUAAUUCAUUAUCGUGGACGCCAUGGUUUAAUUUUCAUAAACCAAAUCCUAAAGGAGAAUAUGAAUUACAUGCUGCUAUACGAAGUCAGCAUCCAACUCUUGUCUGUUCCGAUCCACAUGCAGUUUCGGCAGUGAAUCAAGCUGGCAUUGAUAUGAAUCAAACGCUCGAUAUGAUUAUAAUACGAUCAUACGAUGUCUUUUGUCUCAAUGGUUACGAUCCGAAAUUUCAACAUAAAACCUGUGACGAUUAUAGUGUUCGUUAUUGUUGUCCGAUUGUUAAAAAUUUAACCAAAGAUGAAGUACGAGAUUUAUUCAUAAGCGGCAAUACGAAUGCACUCGUUGAUAGUCCAUCGAAAACUGCACAAUUGAUAUGUGGCCGAGCGCCACGUGCUGCUUCAUUUCAAGCGUCUGUUGGUACAAGUCUUUUGUUAACGUUACUAAAUGCUAUGGUUCCAAAAAUAAUUAAUGGAGUCGAAGCACGUCCGAAUAGUUGGCCUUGGCUUGUAUCCAUUGGUAUCCAAUAUCGUGGCUCAACAGGUACGUGGCAAAAUCGAACACAUGUAUGCGGUGGUACAUUAAUAGAUACUACACAUGUGCUCACAGCUGGACAUUGUGUUGAACAAAAAAUAGAUGAUCGUUUUGUUCCGCUGUCAUCAACACAUCCUUCGUUAGAAUCAUUUUUCAUUCUACGUAUUGGCGUUCAUGAUAUUCGUUCAACACAACCGUCGGAUAUCUAUCGUGCACGACGCAUUAGCACGCAUGAAAAUUUCAUUUCAAGUACUUUUGAAAAUGACAUAGCAAUUAUUCGGCUAGAUCGACCAGUAGCAAUGUCUGACUAUGCAUCACCGAUUUGUCUGCCAGCAUCGAAUGUCGCGCCAGGUAGGAAAGUAACUGUUGCUGGUUGGGGUACCGUUAGUGAAACGGCACGUGUUCAUUCCAAUGUACUUCGACAAGCUAAUAUUAAUGUUUUACCAUCGAGCAAUUGCCGAGUUUACACGGACGUUCAUUAUGAUGGUUCGAAACAAUUGUGUGCUGCAGCUUUAGAUUGGUCAAAGGAUACUUGUGCUGGCGACAGCGGCGGACCAUUAAUGUAUCAAGACAAUGGCGUAUGGUCGAUAGGUGGUAUUACAUCUUAUGGAUAUGGCUGUUCGAAACGUGGUUUUCCAGGUGUUUAUACUCGUACGGUGCCUUAUUUAUCGUGGAUUAAAACGAAAAUGCUGAGCAAUCACUAG